UUCCCUCUCUCUUUCGGCCGUUCGUUUCGACCGUUCAUUCGCUUCGACGGGCGCGAGGGACGGGAUAAUGGCGGCAGCGAGCUCGCUCUCCGUGCUGCCCCUCGCGCCGCGGAGGCCUCUCCUGCUGAGGCGCGCUGCGAGGAAUGUGGAGGGAGGAGGGGGAGGGGCUCCGAGGCCCCUGCGCCUCGCGAGGUUGCGGCUGCGGCGCGGGCGCCAGGCCCAGGCUGCUGCCGCCGUGGCCGGCGACGCCGAGUUGCCUCUGGAGGAGGCGGAGGCCGCGAUGAGGGUCGCGGCCGACGACGACAGCGUCACCGCCACGGUGGUGUCCGCGCUGCUCACGCUCGCGUUCGUCGGCCUCUCCCUCCUCACCCUCGGGGUGAUCUACCUGUCGGUGCAGGACUUCUUGCAGAAGAGGGAAAAGGAGAAGUUUGAGAAGGAGGAGGCCGAGAGGCAGAAAGAGGAGGCCAGGAAGAAGAGGGCCAAGUCCAGGAAGAAGAGAAGAAAUUAUUGAUUUCUGCCUCUGGUUUGUCUGGCCACCCCAAUGUUAUGUGUGCUGCGUGCGCUAACUAUGCUCUUCAGAUGCAGAUCAGUCUUCAACAGGUGCUUUUUAUCAGAUUUUAUGCCAUUAUGAAGAUUGAUUAGCUCCUUGCUUUUGUUUGCCCUGUUCAAAUUAGCCCCAAAUUUUCCCAUUUAUUCAGGUUGUGAGUAAAAUUUAUUGUACCACAGAUGCUUCACAAAUUCUAUAUCUCGCUUAAAUUGUUGGGCAACAUGUCGCACUUCAAUCUGAACCCAGAAUUACUGACAUGUUUUGAUGAGUUUGAGUUUUCUGGGGUCUCCAGAUAUGAUUCUUUUCA